AUGCUUCUACCCGACGAACAAGCUCUAGAUACCAGCUUCCACUCGCUCAAUGUGUUGGUCUCGAAGAUGAAAGCUUUCGCGGCGACAGCUACGAUCUUGUGCCUAUGCUCCGAGCACGUCUUGGCUCUUCCUAGUUGGCUACCUUGGCCAAAGGAGCUCACGUCCAAGGCGUACCAAGAGUCGAUUACGAUCGAUGGACUCAUGACGCAUGCGAAAAAGUGGCAAGAGUUCGCGGAUCGUGCGAAUGGGACGAGAAGCUUUGGGACCAAGGGAUACCAACUCUCCGCAGACUAUGUGUAUGACCUUGCCAAGCGCUCGGGGUACAAAGUUACUCGCCAGGGCGUCAAGUAUCCUCAGUCUACCAUUUACUCCCAGGGAUUGACUGUCGAGGACAAGGUAUUCGGAAAGGGCCAGGUUAUUGCAUUUAGUUACAGCCCCGCUACGCCCAAGGAGGGCAUUACGGCCAGCUUGGUUCUUGUUCCCGACAAGCCAGAUAACGUGACCGGUGCUGGAUGUGAUGUUUCAGAUUAUGCUGGUUUGGACCUCGUAGGAAAGAUUGCCCUGGUUGCUCGCGGCUCGUGCGCAUUUGCGAUUAAAUCGACUCUGGCCAAGAAUGCAGGAGCAGCUGGUGCCAUCAUUUACAACAAUGUUGCAAAUCAAGGCCCAAUCUCCAGCCGAAUCUCGUACAACGUGAGCGAGAGCGUGCCAACAGUGAUGAUCGGGCUCGAGGCUGCCGAACCAUUCAUUGCAAGGCUCAACGCAUCCGAGUCUUCUGGGCCUGUUGUGGCGACUCUUAAAGUCGACAGUUUAGUGAAAGAUGUGAUCUCCGAGAACAUUAUUGCUCAAACUCUGUGGGGCCCAGAACAACGUGAUCCACGUUGGAGGCCACUUGGACUCUGUUCCUGCUGGCCCGGGUUGCCAAAUUCAAGCCGAGCAAGAACGCUGUACGGUUCUCAUGGUGGACGAACGAGGUCGACUCUGGAAUACAAAAUAGAGGUUCAGCUAAUGCGUAUAUACGAACAGAAAUUGUGGAUCUCAGUACUAUGUCGACUCACUAUCGGAUGCGAGAAGAAGAAGAUUGCGCUUUACAUCAACCUCGACAUGACCGCAUCACCUAAUUACCUCUACGCUGCUCUCGAGAAGCUAUUCCAGGAUGAUUUUGACCUACGCUUUCACUUCGAGCUCCGACUACGAUGCAUUUUUAAAGGCCGGUAUUCCAGCUGGUGGUUUAGCAACCGGUGCUGUGGGAUCAAGUCCGAGGCCCAGGCGGCCAAGUUUGGUGGCCAGGCUGGGGUUGCAUUUGACAAAUGCUAUCAUCAAGCUUGUGACACUAUCGAAAAUGUGGCCAAGGAUGCGUUCCUUGUGAAUGCUCGCUCCGUUGCGCAUGUCAUCGCCACGACCGCCAAGUCUACAGCCGUGAUCGAUGCUGAAAAGAGUGGCGUUAAGAAAAUCUACUCCGGAGUGAAACGUGACGUCUUCUUCGAGUCCCGGUUUUGUCUUCUUGCUGCUUUAUCCUAUCCGGAUGCGGACCUGGAGCACAUUCGCCCGGCGAUGGAUUUAUUCUAUGGACAUUUGCGGUCAUUUGAUGAUAUGGCUGACAAGGGAGAACUCGAUGCCGAAGGGCUGAAACGCACAGUUAAAACUUUAGUAAAUGCGAUACGGAAUCCUGAUAUGCCCCCUUCGGAAAUUAAAAUUGUCGCUAUGUUGCAAAGGUAUGAUCUUGCCCAAAUCUUAGACACAAAAAGCCUCUGGCUAGAGCUUGCAAUACCAAGCGGUGAUCAAGAAAGCAGCAACAAGAAUGAGGAUUGCGUCGAAACAAUUGACCAGUAUAUCAGCACUCGUCGAGAUACAUCAGCGGUUAAACAAGUAUAUGCCAUGAUGGAAUAUGCACAUUGUUUGGAUCUCCCCAAUGAAAUUCGCCUCAAUCCGACUAUUGUCGAAUUAGGCGUGGCCGGAAAUGAUAUACUGUCAUGGGCAAACGACAUUUACUCCUUCCCGGUCGAGGACUCUCGUGGUCAACUCCAUAUUUUCGUCUAUCGAAUUCAAGCACGUCUGGAGGAGUACAUGGCACUUAAGGCUCAGUUACCUUCUUUUGGAUCCCACAUCGAUAGUCAGGUUGCUCGGUACGUUCAAGGCAUUGAAUACACCAUACAAGCCUGCAUCGAAUGGUAUUUCUUGACACCUCGGUACCUUGGGACGAAUGCAAAAGAGGCCAAAGAAACCGGUGUAGUAAAGCUUCUUCAAGCCCCGGCUAUCAAGAGGUAG